CACUUACCACUUUCUCAGCACUUGGAGAUCAGUAUAUAAUGGCUUGCUUAGUCACAAUUAGCUUGCCCUCCUGACAUGUCAAAUGCUACUUUGGCAACGUAAUCAAGACUAGAAGAGUGAUGAAGACGAUUCGAUUGACUCUGGUCGGCAAGACUGGAAGUGGAAAAAGUUCUCUUGGAAAUACACUUCUAGGAAAGACGAAGUUUGAAACUUCAGGGUCAUUUGAGUCAUGUACAGAAAAAUGCCAGUGGGGACAAGCUCAAGUUGGGGAAAUUCUUCUCAGAGUAACGGAUACACCUGGACUGUGGGACACUAAACAACUGAAUGAUGAUGUACUUCUUGAAAUUGGCAAGAGCUUCUGUCUGUGCUCGCCGGGGCCUCACGUCGUCAUUAUUGUCAUUCGAUGUGAUAUUAGAUUCACGAAAGAGGAGCAAGAUACGGUGACAACACUGCAGAAGGUCCUUGGAGGCAACCUGUCUAAGCAUAUCAUGGUAGUCUUCACACGCGGGGAUGCUCUUGAAGUACCUGUUGGUGAAAUGCAGAAAGCCUUAGAAGAAAAAUUGAGACAAGGAAGUGCUCUGAAUGAUGUUCUGCGUUCUCUUAACAACCGCUACUGUGUUGUGUCAAACAAGGGUUCAAGUGAGGAUUUGAAAAUACACUCAAACGUCAUCCUAAAUAUGGUUCAAAAUCUGAUGGAAGAAAACAAUGGAGCGUUCUUCACCAAUGGAGUUAUAGUAAAAUGCAACAAAAUCGUGCAGAAAUUCGUGCAGAAACGCGAAAGAGCUGAAGGCUUAUCUAGGGAAGAAGCUGAGUUACAAACCAUGCAAGCCAUUGCAGCUGGAACAGAACUAUCCGAGUUCUAUAAAACUCUGCUUACAAUGAUGAUAGCGGUAUUCUUACCAGUUAUUGGAGCAUUUAUCCUAACAACAACCGUUCUGCUGUGCUCUGUCAUGUAGAAAACGGAUUAAAAAAGGCUUUUACUAAUCAAAAAUCUUCAAACUUAAUAUAAAGUUAGCAAGGAAACAAAGGAACUAUUACUACAAGAUCAAGACAAAAAGAUAAUGCAGAAAACAAGUAUUCUGCCAUAAUAUAAAGAUGCUAUUACUUACAUUUAACUUUAGCAAACCCUUUUUUGUUUUCAAUUUUACAACUAAGGCAAUAAUAAUUAUAAAUGCAAAAUUUGUAUAGCGCUUACUCACACCUAGGAAGCUUGCAUUUAGCGCUUAGAUAUUGGUAAAUGUUUUAUUAACCUGUUAUCUCCUCCUACCCUGCACAUGCACAGUAAAGAGGUAGGUGCCACAAAAGACCGGUUAAACUUACACAAAACAUAUGAGAUUUUAACACUUGCUGUAUGGGACACUUAUCUUGAGUUAAGUUACUUUAAAAGUCCCUUAUAUUUUACAAAUAAUACUGUUAUUUAAGAAAUGACCAAAUGGGAGCCACUGUUCCCGAAAUUAUAUUCGUGUGCUAUUUAUAGAUAGCACAUAUUGUUCCACAAUAUAUCUUGACUUUAGAAAGGCAUACAUUUUUUUGCUGUUGUAGGGAUUUGGGGAAUUCGCAAGUAUACAUGAAAAAUUUUGCUAGAAUAAUAAUGAUCUUCAAAGUUUUGUCAACAUUCCGAGUUCUACUAAUACCAGAUAUAACAAAUUCUUCAUAUAACCGACCUUCAUUUAGCCAGAAACCAGGUUUUCAGCAUGAUGUUCUCCAAAACUAUAUUAAAUAGUAUAAAUAAUGGGUCACACACAUAUGUACUGCGCGCUAACAAGUACGGGAGCAUAUGAAAACACAUUGCUUUGUCAGUAAAUGAAUGAAUACAUAAGGGAGGCAGCCACCGGAACCUUUAUGAGUUAUUCCACUAUCGAUUACUUCUCUUUAACAGCUAAAAAUGUGAACCACUCAGGUAUUUUGUUAUAUUUGAAAGUAGGCGAAGGUUCAGUUGAUCAAGAGCUAUAUCAAAGUCGGUUACCAGAUACGCAAUUCAACAUCAAUUUUAUACUUAAAAACCAAAAUUAAGAAGACAAAAGUAAGUAAUGUUUAAAUUUUAAUGUAUAUUCUAAUAAAACAUGUCUUUUUUGUUUUUUUAUGUUUAUCUAGUGCAAAUAACUUUUUGUAA